AUUUGUGAACCACAGGAACCGGAAGUGGUGAUUACGACGCAGUACUAGAAGUUUAGUAAUGGUUUAAAGCUGUUUUCUGUUUGUUUAUUUGCUACUACGUAAAGAUGUGCAUUUAGUCGCGUUAAACUUAUACUGCUACAUUCAUUUUCUCUAAAAGAAUGGCAAAAGAGAAACGACACCGACGAAAGGAAUCCCCGCUGCGGGAGACCGAAGUAAAGAUAAAACAGGAGAAACUGAGCCCCGGUAGGCCACAAAAAUCUCGCCGCUCAAGGUCCAGAUCCACCGGAACCUCGAGUCCACCAAGGAGAAGAGCGAGCAGAUCACCAGCCAGGGCAAGGCAGCGCUCACCAGACAGAAGGGAAACCUCUCCUGUUGGAGCAAGCAGCAGAUCUCCUAGAAACAGAAAAAGUCGCAGUCCUCAUCGUGGCGGCGAUUUCAAAAUAAAGCGGGAAAAGGAUGAACAUAGGGCAGGUGGUGAUGAGCGGAGAAGAAGGAAUGUGCAAUCAGAGGAUAGACGGAGCAGGUGGGAAUCAGACAGGUCACGGGACCGAGAACGCAACAGAGACAGGAAUCGUGAACGAAGCGCCCUGGCUUCUCAGCAAGAUGAGCGUCGGCAGCAUGACGAGCGGCGCAGGGAAAAUCGUCAGCGGCGUGAAGAAGAAGGCGAAGAACAGAAUUUUGGAACAUCUGAAGGAGGGAGUGACGACUCCAGGGCUCCUCCUGCUGAGAAAGAGAAGCCCAGCUUUGAACUGUCAGGGGCGCUCACGGAAGACACCAACACAUUCCGGGGAGUGGUGAUAAAGUACAACGAGCCGGCCGAGGCUCGCAUUCCAAAGCGCAGGUGGAGAUUGUACCCCUUUAAGAAUGAUGAACCACUUCCUGUGAUGUACGUCCACAGACAGAGUGCCUAUUUGUUGGGGCGGCAGAGGAGAAUCGCUGAUAUCCCCAUUGACCACCCGUCCUGCUCCAAGCAACAUGCAGUAUUCCAGUACAGAUUGGUGGAGUAUACUCGAGCAGAUGGCACCACUGGCCGCAGGGUAAGGCCUUACAUUAUUGACCUUGGUUCUGGUAAUGGCACCUACCUGAACAAUCAGCGGAUCGAGGCCCAGCGCUACUAUGAGCUCAAAGAAAAAGAUGUUCUGAAGUUCGGCUUCAGCAGCCGCGAGUACGUCCUGCUGCACGAGUUCUCGGACACCAGCGAGGUGGAUGCAAAGCAGGAAGAGGAAGACGACGAGGGACUUGAUGAGUAAUUACUACAUACUUUUCUUGUCCACAUACAUUUAGGCAAGAUCAUUGAAGUUGUUAAAAUACAGAGCUGCUGUCAGCUGAAAACGGACCUACAAACUGGUAAAUCCAGGAAUUUAUAUACUGAAAGUGAGUGGGAUUGUUGUACAUAUUUUCCAAGUAAUGAAGUCUUGCUUAAAUCUGCCACAGUUGUGUCAAAGUAGACCUCCAAUUCUCAGGUUUGUGCGAUGCAUGAGUGAUCUUACUGAUCUCAUGUAAUGCCAGGGUAUGUAACAUUACUGCAGUGUGCACCCUGGACUCAAAUAAAGAUUUCUUAUUGACAGAAUAAACAGACCUAUAGAUUGCAUUUCUUUUUCUUUUGACAUUUUUUGUAGAGCAAGCACAGAUAAAAUAUUUGACGUGUCAUUGCACUACUACAAUGUGUAUUUAAAGACUUGCCAUUUCUUUUUUUUCAGUUCAGAUGCAUUUAUAGUGUUAAUUUUUGUACUGUAAAUAAAAUCUAAAAAUUUGAA